UCACUUCACAAAAGACUCCCAAAUUCACUGCAGCAGGCACUGCAAAAUAAAAAUGUUAAGUACAUCCUAGCUGGGGGAGACGGAAGCCUUCGCGUUUCAAUCAAAGGUUUGCAAUAAUAGGAUUCGUUUAAAAAAAAAAAAAAAAAGACAGAUGGGAUUAGGAAAUGUUGCGGUGGAGACUGUCGUGAGAGGCACAGGCAGGCAGUCUUUUGUGGACCUGCACAAUGAUCCCAGAACCAGACUGGCUUAGGAAACCCUGGCACUAGGGCUCCCGAGAGAGGCCGCUGGCUGCCGGACAUCCUGCAGGGCAGGAGGCUGACACCAUGCAUCAGAUCUACAGCUGCAGUGAUGAGAAUAUUGAAGUUUUCACCACCGUGAUUCCGUCCAAGGUGUCCAGUCCGUCCAGGAGAAGGGUCAAAAGCUCUCAGCAUCUCUUGACCAAAAACGUGGUGAUCGAGUCGGACCUGUACCCACCAAGACCCCUGGAGCUGCUGCCUCAACGCUGUGAGCGCCGGGAUACAGGCGACCGCAGGUUUGGCCGACUGCAGACCGCCAGGCCGCCAGGGACACAUCCCACCAAAACCCCAGUUAGGCCUGCGGGCAUUCCUGAGCCCAAAGCUUCGAAUCUGUGUGGGAACCGAGCAUAUGGAAAAUCAUUGAUUUCUCCGGUGGCCCGGAUCUCAGUGAAGGCUCCAGCUGUGGUAGAGGUGACCGCCAAGGGCUCCGAAAAAGGAGCUGUUCUGGGAAGAGGAUCCAGACACCUCAAGAAGAUAACAGAAGAGUACCCAACCCUGCCCCAGGGAGCCGAAGCCUCCCUGCCACUAACAGGCAGUGUUUCCUGCGGUGUCCCUGGCAUCCUACGGAAAAUGUGGACCAGGCAGAAGAGGAAGUCUGAGUAUGUGGGAGCUACCAACAGCGCCUUUGAAGCCGACUAAAGGUGACUUACAUUGGCCAAGGGUCACAGAAGGAGAGAAGACUUGAGGAUUGGGACUGAGCCACCCUCCCCUCUGCUGGUUGAUAGUCCAAAAACAUCACCCUCCUCACGCUCUGGUAUGGGACACGAAAAGUAAGGAAAGUAACGUCCUGGGAAGGCAGGAAAGCUGUUCCCCCAAAACUGCUAAAGUCAUUGGUCUAAAGUCUUGUUGCAAGGUUAUAAAGGCUGUACCCCUAUCUUUAGAGGAACCAUACCAAAAGCAAACCUUCUUGGCCCCUUUGAAAGCCCCCCAAGGAAAACAGAAGGCAGUUGCUCUGUCUCCUUGGUGAGUUAUUUCUGGUGUAAAUGUAAAAGCUUGGUUCUAAGGUACUCCUAACACAACGGUUCUUACUUUCCCCAUCUCGUGCUUCUUUUGCCUUGGUGAGGCACGAAGCACUUUGUCUUUGCUUUGUUCUAAUAGCUACUUAACAGCAUCAUCUCUGCUUUGCUAACCAUGGGUAUGGCGGCAUGCAUUAUUUCACAUGUGGUUUUUCUAUAGAAAAGCACUUAUAACUUCCAUGUUAAUUUUAGGGUCUUGUAUUUUGUGAAGCGGCGCAAUUGACAAACUUUGUGCAAUGCUGUCAACCCCGGGAGUGUUUUCUCAUUUGUUGUCUUUACCUUCAUGAAACCACUGUUAAGAAAACACGGUUGUUCCCAGCUUACAGAUGGGGAGACUGGGGUCUCUGGGUGUCAUGUGACUAGACAGCAGGGUGUGGGACUGUCAUCAGGUCUUAGCUUCUCUCUAAUGACUGAUUUAAGUAGUUUUUAAAUGGAGAGAAGAAUCUGAUAAAGGUGGAACUAAAGAGUGAUUUGAAUGACACACAUUAUGUAUGCAUCAGUAUGAUGGGCGUGGUAGCAGAGGAGGGGAUCCCAGCUUUCUAAGAGGGUCAGGCAGGAGAAUCAAAUGUUUGAAACAUGCCUAGACAGCUUAGCAAGACCCUGUCUCAAACACACACACACACACACACACACAGAGAGAGAGAGAGAGAGAGAGAUUAUGCAUUAGAUGAAACCAGAAGAAAUUGCUAUUUCAUAGGUUGAAAACAACUGAAAAUUUAUUUAUUUCCUGGGGCUCAAACUAAUAUUCACUAUCAUUUACAAUGAUCAUAUAAGAAACAAUGGUAACCAUAGCUACCCCUUGUUAAAUGCCUACCCACCCUGUACCAGGCACAGUGCCAAACCCGUCACAUGAAGUACUCUAUUCUUUCUAACUGUUAGGUGAACUUACCCACUGUAGAAGUUAUCAGUUCAAAAAUGUUAAGUGAUUAGUUCAAAGUCACUUAACUUCAAUGCCCUUGUUAUACCUGCUCCUUCACACACACACACACACAAAAAAAAAAGAGAUCAGGAACAACUGAGAUCAGCAAAGAAUCUCCAUCUCAACGGACAGGCAGAGGCUGCCUGGAGGCAGCGUGGAGUCGGAAUCUGAAGUAUUAGAGUGCAGAAACUGACGAGAGGUGUCUGUGCAGUGAUCAGGAGCACAGACCUUCCGUAUUUUCUAUCUUUGGCUUGAAUUCUGCCCCAGAAGUUUUAUUUCCUAAUUAAGAGGUCUAAAUUAAUCCAAUCCUCUUAAAGAAGGCAGAAACACUAUGGUGAAACUGAGCCUACGAUUGCGUUGAGAAUCACCGUGCUGUGGAGUUGGAAGAGUUGGGUCUCAGACUUCCUCCUUCCUGGUGCCCUGUGGCCUCUGCGCUCCUGUUUUUCACCCUCUAGGUGAACUGGACAAAGGCAGGGGUAAGUCAAAACCCAGACUUCCAGGCUCUCAUCCUGCUGUCUCCUGCUCUUCACCUCUGCCUCUGACUCUCACCAGCUGACCCUCAUAUCCAAACACAGUCUGAAAAUUUGAACUUCAAGUGCUUUGUCACUAGGGGGCCAGUCCCCGUGGGCUAUCCAGUGUUAUACACCAUAUUAAGUUGGAAUCCAGAACAAAGGGAACAAACAGGUCAUAGAGUCUCCGACGAUUAGAUUUAUUUAACUUAAAAUGAAUACCUUAACUGUGUGUGUGGCAUCUGCAGGUUUAUGUAUAGACUAGGACUCAUUUAUUUAUCUUCAAUUUAAAUAUUUCAUGGCGAAGUGUUUACCUUGUGUAGAACAUUUCAAAUCAAAUGGCCAAUUCAAAUCAAAAUAAAGUAUGCCUUGUUUGUGACAUCAAUAAACCAUGUGAAG